UUCAGUACAACGUAAAAAAAUAUACUGAAAACGUUUUAACUUAAGUGUAUUGUUACUCAAGUUAGAUAUAAUCCACUGGAAAUGGGGAGAUACAGCUCCAGCCCUGAUGUCAGAAGAAGGAAGGCUUCGUACUCUAGCAGCGAUUCCUCAGUAGACUCAGAUGACAGUUCUCGUGAAAGAAAUAGGUCAAGGUCACGAGACAUACAACAAAGGAAAACAAAAAAGAGUCAGAAAAAUAGGCGCUCAAGAUCAAGAUCAAUUGAUAGAAAAAGACACUCUAGGUCAAGGUCAUUUGAGAGAAAAAGGGAUUCCCGUUCUAGAUCAAGUUCACCUGAAAGAAAAAGACGUUCAAGGUCAAGGUCAUUUGAUAAAAAGAGACGCCAAAAAUCUAGAUCUCCUGACAGAGGAAGAAAUUCAAAUGGUUAUUUACACUCAGACAAACGUUCAGCUCAUUCACCAUGGAGACACAGGUCAAGGUCACCUAUUUUUGAACCGUCAUCAUCCAGAGGGGAUAUGUAUGGACAUGAUGAUAGAUCAUCUCCAAGGAGAUUCAACAGAGAGGAAGGGAAUGGUGACAGAUCACAUCAUUUUCAUGGUCAUGGCAGAAUGGCUCGCUACAACAGAGGUCACAAUGGCAUGCUACCCGACUUUUUUGACAGACGUAGAGAAGAGAGAGAAAGAAUAGGAGAGAUGGGAAUCUUUGAAUGCUGGGGCCAUUCACCAACACAUGCCUCUAUUUCAGACUCAGAAUCUGAGUCGGACAGUGGCAAGUCAGCUGGAAGUGAUUCUUCCUCAGAGGACAAAAAGAAAAGGUAUAAAAAGAAAAAGAAGAAAGAGAAAAAACACAAGAAGAAAAGCUCAAAGAGUAAAAAGAAAAAGAAAUCCAAGAAAAGGAGAAAGAAAGAAACGGACUCGAGUGCCAGCGAGUCCGAGAGUGAAGAAGAGAUGUGGCUCGAGAAGAAAGUGGACACAGUGGAGGAGGAGGAUGUAGUUGGUCCUCAACCUUAUCAACCAGAGAAUACUGUCUCUAGGAUGGACUAUGGUAAAGCCUUGCUGCCUGGAGAGGGUGCCGCUAUGGCCGCAUAUAUCGCUGAGGGAAAGAGAAUCCCCAGAAGAGGAGAGAUUGGACUGACCAGCGAUGAGAUAGCAAGCUUUGAGCAAUCAGGCUACGUCAUGAGUGGCAGCAGACAUCGUCGAAUGGAGGCUGUCCGUUUGAGGAAGGAGAACCAGAUCUACAGUGCAGAUGAAAAGCGAGCUUUGGCUAACUUCAACCACGAAGAGAGAUCCAAGAAAGAGAAGAAGAUCCUCACACAGUUCAAAGAGAUGAUAAGAAAGAAAACGGAAAGCAAGCAAUAGAACCAAUAUCUAUAUAAUGAUUCUAAGAGAGAGAAGAUUUUUGCACAUACAAGGACUGAGGGUGAUACAAAAGAAGAUGGAAGAAAAAAAACAAUAGAACUGAUACUUACUCAUUAUUCUGUAAAAGAAAUCAUGGAUUCUGAAGUGAGAUGUGCAAGUGUACUUUUUGUAAUUGUACAUACAUGUAUAAAAGACUUGUGAUUUGACACUGAAAAAAAUUAAUAUUAUAUUUAUAAAAGCUUUGUUUAGAUUUCUUUGAUAAAUUUCUUGAAUGUAUUUAUUGAAUGUAUCUCUCAUGAUUAUUAACAAAUAGCAUACCAGUAUAUUGAUAAGGCAACUCAGCAACCCACUUAUUUUCAUAAAACAAAAUCUCUUUUUAUUUGAACAUUGUUAUAUUUAUAUUUCUUAAGUCCAUACGAGAUGAAUUCAUGCCAUAGUUAAUCCAUAUGUAGGUGUACAUAGACUACCUACAACAUUGUUAAAGGUAGGCUUAUGGGAAAAUACAUGAUUGACUACAGGAACAACAACAACAACUAGAAAGUCUGCUAUUGCAAGCAAUAGCGUAUGUCGCCCCGAACUGGCUUUAUCAGAAAUGGUCUUAUAGUGUAUUAUUCUGUUCUAUUAAUAAUAAUUUUAAUUUCCUCAAAAA